UAACAGUCAAAAACAACAACAUGAUUCCAUCCUAGACUCCUAGUCCCACACACCACCAUCUCCAACACAGCAACACUUCUCUCUCUCUCUCUCUCUUUCUCUCUCUCUCUCUCUGUGUAAUGGGCAGCACAGAGGAGCAACCCAGCAAACCCAUAUCUCUAUACGACACUUCUUCCUCCCCAUCACAACCCCUUCUCUCCAAACCACCUCCACCACCACCACCACUUCCCUUUCCUUCCUCUCCUCCUCACCACCCUUUUCCGCCGCUCGAAGACCCGCAGCCGCCGCCGCACGCCACCCCAGCCGACUCGGAACAGGACUCCGAUCCCACACAGUACCUUCAAAUCACGUACAACCACUCUCCCAGAUCCUUCAAAGACCUCCCUUUCCUCUUCCUCUUCCUCCUCUUCGUUCUCUGCACUUUCGUCCUCGGCAUCUUCUCCAUCUUCCACCGCAACACCAGCUAUUCCAACCUCUCUUCUUUCACCUAUGACUCCAAUUCAACUUCGUGCACCGAAUCCACUCUGUCAAAUUCAACAAACCUUUCGUUUUCGUUUUCGUUUUCAGUUCUGACGGGUUUUUCUUCGAGUUUUUCAAAUUCUUUGAUAUGGGUUUUCGUUAUUACCUUAAUUUUGACCGUACCCAUUUGCUUUCUCUUACUUCUUUCUCUCAAGCGUUACACCAAACAGCUUGUCUACGUUUCGCUUCCUUUCUUUGUCGUCAUGCCAGUCUUCUUCAAUGUUUAUUGGUUCGUCGCCUGCACUCUUAGCUCCACUUGCAGCGACGAUUUCCCCUUGGUUUACCGAAUUCUCGUCCUCAUCUUCGUGUUCUGCAUAAUCGCCGUGGUUAUCUGGAUCUUCGUGGUCAAUUGGCAUCGAAUCGAGCUCACUGUGGAGAUCAUUAAGAUUGCCUCCGAUGCGCUUUAUAGGAAUUUGGGCUUGUUCGUGGUGUUGCCGUCUUUGACGAUUGGGUUGGUGGUGUACUAUGCGCCAAUCGUGGUGUUCUUGGUUUUUUCGAGGCAGAAUGGGGAGAUUGUGGUUGAGGAAUCGAGUGGAGAGUAUAGUUGUGUGUGGAAGCAAGAUGGGUGGGUGCCUGCAUACUUUGCGCUCGCCAUAUUGACAAUGCUGUGGUCUGCUGCGGUUAUGGUGGAAGCUCAGGUUUUUGUGAUCAGUGGGACUAUUGCACAGUGGUAUUUCUCUAAGGAUGAGCCUCCGAGGCGGAGCAUAAGGACUUCCUUGAGAAAUGCUUUCGGCCCCUCAUCAGGCACAAUAUGUCUAUCUGGUCUACUUAUUUGUGCUGUACGUGUGGUGCGUGCUGCUGUUGAUAGUGCAAGACAUGAUACUCCAGGGAUUGUGAACCUUGUACUACGUUGCUGUGUUAAUGUUUUGCUGUCAGCAGUUGAUUUUCUUAACAAAUUUACAAUUAAUUUUGUGGCAAUAACUGGUGAAUCCUAUUGCACAUCUGCAAGAAUGACAUAUGAGCUUCUCAAACGUAAUCUUCUCUCGGCUGUCUUUGUGGAGACCAUCUCCACUCGCCUAUUGAGUGGAAUUAUUUUUGUCCUCUCAGCUAUAUAUGCCAUUGUGGUCUGUGCUAUAUUAAAGGGUGUGAGCGAUCUUGGGGUUGAUUCAUACUUUGUUGCUGCUUUGGCAUGGUUGCUACUGAUUGUGUUGCUGGGUUUCUUUGUACAUGUGCUGGACAACGUGAUUGAUACUGUAUAUGUUUGUUAUGCUAUAGACAGGGACAGAGGAGAGGUUUAUAAGCAGGAGGUUCAUGAGGUUUAUGUUCAGCUACCCAUUAGUAGAAAUCAUAGACCAUCUCUUGGUUCCACAACUCCCGGUGUAUAAAUAAUCCUUGAAUCAGAAUAAUGUAUUUGUUGUUGAUUAGUCAUUUGUUCUGUGUAUUAAUUUGAACAUGCCAGUCGGCAAAUUGUGUAUACCCGUGAGUGUUACCUUGUACAAUUUUGAGAUUUCUUCAAUAAAGAGUUAGAAUUUUUUGGUAA